GGACAACUCAUGACAGAGAUGACGUCUGCUAGGCGACGAGCCUCGAUCAGAGAACUUUGACUAUAUGUAAUGUAUCCCCUAUAAAAGGGGCGAGACCCCUCAUUGUAACGGACCGAAGUUUAUAACGAAUAAACUCCUACUUUGCAUUCUCUCUCUCUAAAACUUAUACUAUUCUUCAUUCUCGGUGGUUUAUAACCAUCAAAUUGGUGCUUUCAUUGAGAGCUGAGGAACAUACUCGUAGGUUAACUCCUCAACGCGAGAAUGGUGCAAACCAGGAGCAACGUUCCCACUACCAGCCACGUCGGCGGCGAGGAGGUCGCUCCGGGCAGCGGCAACGGCACGGGUGGCAUCGCUUCGACUCCGGACGCAGUCCAGGCGCUGUUCGGGUUGGGGGUGACCACGGAGCAACUCCAGGCGGCCGUUGCGGCACUUUCCGCCAUGGGCGGGAACGUACCCGGCGCCGGGGUUGGCAAGGCUCCGCUCGGUCACCACACCGAGCACGCUGCCACUUCCCAGCACAAGGGAAAGAAGACGCGGAGGAGCAGGAGGAGGCCCGACAAGGGCCCGCUGAUCGAGGAGAAUCCUCCCCCCACGUACCAAGAGACCAUGGCGCGCGCAAAGUUCUUAGCCUCGGAGGAGUUUGAUGACGCCAUGGAAUCCGAGGCCGCGCCGGCUAAGCGAACUUCAGUAGAUUCGGGAGAGGCCGCGAAGAAGAGGAAGAAGAAGAAAGACUAUACCGCGGGCCCGAGGACGCCCUCGGCCGGAGUAUACUCUGUGGGCGCUCCCGUGGGGGCGGGUCGAGAGCUUGCCCUUUCCCCGCUCUCCCACGUAGAGACUUACGCGGUGUCCAGCGGAACUAAGUAUUGCGAGUACCAUCGUAACAACACUCACAACACUAAGGAAUGCUUCACUCUCCAGAAGGAGAUGCAGAGACUCAUCGCCCGAGGGCCGCCUCCCCGUGAUGAUGGAGCAGCCCCAUCUCGGGGGCCGCCGGAAGGAAGAACUUGGAGAAAGCCGGCCGAACCGGUCGCGGUGGCCACGCAAGUAAGGAACCCCGAGAAGAGGCACAUUGGGCGAGAGUAUGAUGAUCUAGACGAGGACGAAGCCCGAGGAUAUCCGGUGGGAUUCAUCCAUGGAGGAAACAUCGGCGGGGACUCCGCCUCUCAAAGGAAGAGGUGGAAGCACAUGGCCUUUGUCGCCAAGGUCCAUCAGGCGCCGGCGCCCAAGCUCGGAAGACGAGAGCAAAUCCAGUUCACGGAGAAGGAUCUUCCAAACACGCCGAGUCCCCACUGGGAUGCCUUGGUCGUAAAGAUAGAGAUCAACGACGCCAUAGUACACCGCACCUUGGUGGACACGGGAAGCUCAGUCAAUAUAAUGUACGAGAAAACAUUCCAAGACCUCGGCUUGAACCGCAAGGACUUGAGGCCUGUGCGCACUCCUCUCUCCGGAUUCACGGGGGACUCCAUCGAGGUCGAGGGAGUUAUCGCCGUAUCCGUGAUAGUAGGGGAUGGUGCGCACAAGGCGAAGCUGAAGAUGGAGUUUAUGGUUGUGAGCAUCAAUUGUACGCACAACAUGAUCCUGGGGCGGCCCGGCCUUGAGGACUUGGAAUGUGUGAUCUCCCCGUACUACUUGUGCAUGAAGUUCCCCACUCCGUCCGGCAUCAGGGUGGCAAGGGGAGACCAAAAGUUGGCCCAAUCGUGCUACGUAAGAAUCACGAAGAAGUUGCCGAGGGAUGAGACAAUGGUCGUACACGCGCAAGAGGGAAUGCGCAAGCUGGAAGCUCGACCUUCGGCCGAGCCCGCCGAGGAAGUCGAGGAAGUGCCGCUCGACCCACAAGUGCCCGAGCGGAAGGUUAAGGUCGGGGCGACCCUGACGACGAGCCAGCGGAUGCGCUUGGUGGAAGUGCUCGCCGCCUACCGCGUGAUCUUCGCAUGGGGACCUGGGGAUAUGCCGGGGGUGGACCCCAAGAUCAUAUGUCACCGGUUGGCGGUCAACCCGGAAUCUAGGCCGGUAAAGCAGAAGAAGCGUUUCCUCUCAUCCGAGCGGAGGGAGUUCAUCUCCAAGGAACGGCUAACACCCUACUUCCAAGCUCACCCGGUUCAAGUGCUCUCCCAACAACCCAUAGGUGCGCUGCUCAGGAGCCCGAACGCGCCCGAACGCAUGUCCAAAAGGGCGGUGUUCCUUGGAGCUUUCCAGAUCGAAUUCAAGCCAAGGCCAGCGAUCAAGGGCCAAGCGCUAGCUGACUUCGUGGUGGAGUGCACCGCUCGGGAGGAGCCGAGCCCCGAGGAGCCGGAAACCGACAACUGGUGGAUAGUUUUUACCGACGGAUCCUCCGCCGCCAGAAACUCGGGGGGUGGAGUGGUAGUCAUCGCGCCCGAAGGCUUCAGAGCAUAUUACUCUAUUCGAUUCGGUUUCAAGGCAUCAAAUAAUGAAGCGGAAUAUGAAGCGCUCUUGGGCGGGCUACACCUAGCAGCCGGGAUGAACGCAACAAAGCUAAGGGUAAAGUGUGAUUCAAAGCUGGUGGUUGGCCUUGUCUCGGGAGAAUUCGAGGCGAAGGACGAAAGAAUGAAGAAGUACAGAGACACCGCUCUAGAGUUACUUAAGAGUUUCACCGCGUAUAGUGUGGAGCAGAUUCCUCGGGCGGAGAAUGCCGAGGCGGAUAUCUUGUCGAAGCUGAGCUCAGACACGCCCGAGCACAUCAGGCGGAUGGCGAACGUGGAAGAGUUAUCCGAGCCGAGCAUCCAUGCCUUCCCCGUGGCGAUGAUCUGUGCUCGGCCAAGAGAUUGGAUGGACGACAUAGUCGCCUUCUUGAAGGAUGGCGCCCUCCCGGACGAUGCAAUAAAGGCCAAGUUGGUCCGGACUAGGGCACCUGGGUACACUUUGGAGGGCGAAAAGCUAUACAAGCGAGCAUACAACGGUACGCUGCUCAGGUGCCUCCGACCAGCUGAAGCGGAGCAAGUCAUGGAGGAGGUGCACGCGGGGAUCUGCUCCGCCCACCAAGGAGCCUACGCGGUGUCAAGAAAGAUAACCCUCCAAGGAUAUUUUUGGCCAACAAUUGUUAAGGACUGCGCGGAGUUUGUGAGAAGGUGUAAGGUGUGCCAAGAGUUCCAGAAGGUACCAGGGAGGCCUUCGACAAACUAUACCCCCAUCAGCACAGCUAUCCCGUUCGCGCGGUGGGGGGUGGACCUCGUGGGUGCACUUCCUAGAGGUACCGGGAACGUGCGCUACGUCAUUGUAGCCAUUGACUACUUCACCAAGUGGGUGGAAGCGGCCCCAUUGGCAAGCAUCACCGGAGCUCAAUGCCAGAAGUUUCUCGCAAAGCAAGUCAUCUGCCGCUUCGGCGUUCCCGAGCACGUAAUCACAGACAAUGGAACACAAUUCGAGUCCAAGCCCUUUAACGACUUCCUUGGGAGCUGGGGAAUCAAACACAGCUAUGCGUCGGUCGGUUACCCACAAACGAAUGGCCAGGUUGAGAAUGCCAACCGAACGAUAGUCGACGGGCUGAAACGGAAAUUGGAGGCCUGCGGAGGGGAGUGGGCAGAGGAGUUGCCGUACAUCCUAUGGACCUACCGGACCACGCCUAGAAGGGCGACUGGAGAAACCCCCUUCGCCUUAUGCUACGGGUUCGAGGCGAGGGCCCCUGCAGAGAUCUCCAUCGCGACUCACAGGGAGGAGAUCUUCGACCCCGAGCGUAACGACGAAGCCCUGGCAGCCGAGCUCCAUCUCGUGCACGAGAGACGAGAAGCGGCCUUCAUACGAGCGGAGAAUUACCGAAGGAAGGUAAAGAGCUACCAUGACGGGCGUGUGCGCGCACGGGGGUUCAUCGAAGGAGAGUGGGUGCUGCGCAAGAGGUCCGUGAGCCGCCCCCUGGAAGGUGGGAAAUUUGCCAAGAAUUACGAAGGCCCCUACAUCAUCAAAGAAGCGGUAGGCCCCUCAACAUUCCGCCUGCAGACGCCGAGUGGAGGGGAUGUGCCAAGGACCUGGAAUGCUGAGAACUUGAAGAGCCGAGCACAGACAAUGUCCGGAUGCUCUUCCCGGACGAAGGUCGAACCUUCGUGCUCGGCACUCCCCCUCAGGAGAGGAGUCGAGCACAGGUCGUGUCCGGAUGCUCUUCCCGGACGAAGGGCUAACCUUCGUGCUCGGCAUUCCCACUCAGGAGAAGAGCCGAGCACAGGUCAUGUCCGGAUGCUCUUCCCGGACAAAGGCCUAACCCGUGUGUUCGGCGCUACCCCUCAAGGGAAGAGCCGAACGUAGACCAUGUCCGGACGCUCUUCCCGGACGAAGGUCUAACCUUCGUGUUCGAGUCUCCCAGAAGGGCCGAGCACAGGUCAUGUCCGGAUGCUCUUCCUGGA